AUGGCCCCUGUGUUAGAGCUCAUGAUUCUGAAGCACAAAGAAGUGCAAGACAUCAGUGAGGCUCUACAGUCGGCUCUUGGGGUGCUCAAAGAUGCAAAGGGGGUCCGAUCUGCCUUCAUAGGACCGGCACUAGAUGCUGCAAAUACAACGGUGCUGGCAUCAACAUGGGAGUCCUACGAAUCGGUGAUCAACUUUGUCAGGAGCGAAAGAUACGCUCAAUUCUUCCGAGAGAUCCAACGUCUUGCAGAAGAGCCACCAAAGACGACACAUUGCUUCCUCUCUGAUGCUAAAACGGACUUGGAAGUCCUUUUCACUGCGAAGGCAAUCGAAAUGGCGCCGCUCACUUUGUUCGGAGACAAGGUUCACCAGCAUUAUAUCAACUUUCAGACUGCCGGGAAAAUGAUUGCUGCUGCUCGUGGUUAUGUGGCUCAGUUUCAAGAGCCACAGAUUGAAGCUCCGUACAACCAAUGGAGUUUGGUCGGUUGGGAUUCCAUCGAACUGCAUCAUGCCUUCAACAAUGCUCCUGAGUUUCCAGAUUUCCUUGAGCUGGUGGCACCAAAUGUGAACCUUCCAGGACCACCUCCAAUCAUACAUGCUUGCUUCAAGAAAGCCUUUGGUAGCUUAUGA